AUGAGUUCUGAUCCGCCGCAGCCACCCUUCUUGCGGCCAAUUCUACCACGUACCGAACCGUUGCCACGAAGACCCCCUAUCAGAAACCUUCCGCCCCGACGUCCUCUGGUCCUGGUGGCAUGCGAGGGUUGCAGAAAAGUCAGAACCAAGUGCAAUGGUGCGCGACCAAGUUGUUCCGCUUGCGUCGGCAAGAAUCGAAAAUGCAUCUACCGCGCAGAGGCCGGCGAGUCAAGCGACGCAGCCCUGAGGCGAAAGAACCGUGAAACAGAAGAGGAGCUACGCAAGCUCCGCGGCUCGCAUGACGCCCUGCGACGGGUCGUAACUGCCUUGCAGACCUGCAAAGACGACGAGGUUGCAGCAAUUCUCCGACGUCUUCGUGAGACGCAAGACGCCACAGCAGUCGCCACGCAGCUCGAAGGAGGUGAUUUACUCCUCCAGCUUCAUGUUGCCCCCGAGACAACAUUUCGCUUCAGUUUCCCCUACUGCCGCGAUAUGCCUAGGGCGCUUCUCAGGCCCGACAACCCCUACCUCGGCUCAGUGCUCUACGAGUCGGCCUUCACAUCGGCGUCGAAUCAGAGCUCAGCGAUGAUAUCAAGGAUCGAGAGGCUACAACCGCAAUACGUAAAACCCUAUACUGCAGCGCUUAUUGCCGAUACUCGACUAGGAACGGUCAACGUCGCUCGCUGGACAAACGUAUGCGCCGACAAUGCGAUUUUGAGGCAUCUGCUGCACAUUUACCUACUGUCGGAAUAUCAGCUAUUUCCACCUUUUCAUAAAGAUUAUUUCAUCAACGACAUGGUUCUGGGCAGCACCCGCUUUUGUACUUCUUUGCUGGUCAAUGCCGUGCUGGCUCUUGCAUGCAGCUGCGAUCCGGAGCUUUCUGACCGUGCAGAGUAUUGGAACCCCCGGGCGCUUUCUUACAAGUUCUUUGCUGAGGCAAGGGGGCUCUGGGACCUAGAGCGAUUAUCGCCAAAUUCCGUUACCACAGUUCAGGCAGGGAUAGUGAUAAACACUAUUUAUAAUAUGUACUCAAUGGAUAGAAUCGGACUUACUUAUGGUGUGCAAGCGGCAGCCAUUGCACAAGAAAUGGGCAUGUUUGACGCAGACCGUGGCACAUUGGACAAGAGUCAGCGCAUUGUUCAGGGUUUCACCGCCUGGGCUUUUUUCCAGUGCUAUCAUUUUCUGAUACCAUGCCCAAUCACAGAUCAGCCAGCGACAACUUUUCCCGACCCUGACGAGGAGCCGCAGUGGUACGGCGAGUUCUUGUUUCAGUAUCCUUCGAAUCAAACGUUGGUCCGCUUGAAUUACCCUCAAUGGACUUGGUUCAAGUUUAGACUCCUACAAAUCAUACGUCCAGUAGCAUCUGAGCUUUUUGAAAAGGAAGAAAAAAGUAGUAUAGCGCAGCAGCACGUCUUAUUUUCGGAAACGAUUUCUCGUCUGAAGAAUCUAUACGCGGCACUACCGGCCUCGCUAUUACCUUCGCAGAUCGUGUUUCCUCUCCAUAUGGGACUGCACUUGUGGUAUCAUAACAUUAUGAUUAACAUUUUGCAACUCCUGGCUCCAGAGGUGGCUUCAGAGGUGGCUUCAGAGGUGGCUCUAGAAGCAGCUCCAGAGGCAGGGGCUCGCCUAUCGUCGGAAAUGCAUGGCGAUGUAGAAGCGCAGUUGGUAUAUUCCAGAAUCUGUUUUGAGACGAUUAUGAGAUUAUACUACCUUCGAAAUGGUUACGAGGGCAGCGACAUGAUUCUUGUGCACUUCCUUACCGUCCUUUCAUUCAUGGCGCUGGGAGGAAAUACUGGGAACUCUAAUCCCGGCGCGGGGGCAGCAACCUCGCAGGAGGAAACCAGAAGCACACUGAUACUUACCGCGAAAGGCCUCUACGAACAAGGCAACAACUUUUUCGUAAGCGUCACCAUCUUACACGUCCUCCGAAUCCAGAUGGCCGCCGAAGAUGUUGACAUUCUAGGCCAAUAUUGCGCAGCGGUCAGCGACGAUCCUGGCCAAAAGAAGGCUCGAGCACUGUAUUCCAGGGCGCAAUAUCCGUUAAACAUUGUCAAGAUGACAGAUACUCCUGAGAAUCAACGUUUAGAGAAUAUGAUUAAAAAGUAUGAAAAGCUUGGCGUGGAGCAGACGAGUCAAGCAUAA